CCCAACUUGUGUUUUCUUUGGUCGGCGUCUUGGUUGUCUUUUGUUCCACUGUGCUCCUCUUGAGUAUGCCUGUUUGAAGACAGUUUUAAGAUUUAUUGCUGCAUGUUUUCAUUUAAGUAGUGUGUGUGGUUAUAAGGCAAACUAUGCACUGGUUUGAACUUCUUUAAGUCUAAAAGGGUUUUCUCAUGGGAUAUUAGUUUUGUCAGACAGGUGCGUCAGGUACAAUGUUGCAGAUGAGGUUUACCGUCACUUUCUUGCUCCUUCUAUUGACGGCCAGGUGUGUUGCACAGGAAGUAACCCCAAACAAAGGCUGUGUUUGUGGAUACCCUGGAAUACCAGGGGACCCUGGACACAAUGGUACACCUGGCAGAGACGGCCGGGAUGGACUCAAAGGGGACAAAGGUGAUCAGGGUGAAGUUGGCCCUGUUGGACAAACAGGCAAUGGUGGCCCAAAGGGAGACAAAGGAGAAGAUGGUGCAGUUGGCCCAGCAGGGCUCAAAGGAAAAAGGGGAGAUAAUGGAGACCGGGGCCCUCCUGGGAAAAUGGGGCCCCAAGGAGUCCAAGGGCCUAUUGGCCUGAAAGGAAAUAAGGGAGAGCUCGGGCUGCCAGGCCCUCAAGGACCUAAAGGCGAUUUGGGGCCCCCUGGACCAGAGGGUCCAAAGGGGGAAAUUGGCCUCAGAGGUGACAGAGGCAUUCAGGGACCACUGGGACCCCCUGGCAGGCCGGGGCCUAAGGGGGAAAUCGGUGUUCCAGGUAACAAAGGCAAUAUUGGCUAUCGGGGGGACAGAGGGACUCGAGGAGAGAAAGGUGAUAGGGGUGAGAAGGGAGAUGCGCUUGUUAUCGCUAAAAGCGCCUUCUCUGUGGGACUGACAGCACAAUCUAAACUCCCAGCAGCCAAUGCACCGAUCCGUUUUGACAGGAUUAUCUACAAUCAACAGAAUCACUAUGAUCCACAAACAGGAAGAUUCACAUGCUCCGCAGCAGGAGCCUAUUUCUUCACCUACUACAUCACUGUCUUCUCCCGGAACGUGAAGGUGGCUCUCGUGAAGAAUGGUGUCAGGAUCAUCCACACCACAGAUACCUACCAGAGCAGCGAGGAUCAGGCAGCAGGGGGCGCCGUGCUGCACCUGGAUGUUGGGGACAAGGUGUGGCUGCAGGUGGCUGGAGGAGAGCUGUUCAAUGGGCUCUUUGCUGAUGAAGAUGAUGACACUACAUUCUCUGGGUUCUUAAUCUUUGGGGCUUGAAUUAUACAUUAUUAGAAUUAUUACUUUAUAAUUUCUGGUAUUAAAAAAAACGUUUUUAAAGAAUGGAAAUUAGUCAAUUAGAUCAGCCUUCCUCUAUACUUUAGUUGAUUUUAUAAUGCAUUGUGAAGAGGUGUGAUGGGAUGAUUUGAGUUUAAAUUUAAGAUACUUAUUUCUAUGCUACUUAAUACUUCUACUGCGCUAUUUCAGUAGAGCCAUCAUACUUUUUACUCCACUGUGUGACUUCUGUGGUUUACUGAUUAAGAUCUUACCUACCAAAAAUCUAAAGUAGUUUCGUCUUGACUAAUAAGUGAUAAUAACCCAGUAACAUAGGCAAAUAUUGACAAUAAUACAACUCAAAUGGACAUUUUUCUGCAUUAUGAGGAUGUUUCUUUACUUUUCUUACAUUGUAAAUGCAGGACUUUGAAUUGUAAUUGAGUAUAUAACACUAUUGUAUUGCUCCUUGUACUGGAAUCUGAACUGUCUCCUAUGUCUGGCAUUGUAUGCACAUUAUGUGGUUAAAUCAAUUAAAUUAGUUUUCCUGUAGGAUCUUGAACAUGUAUUCCCACAGAAAAGAGAGCACCAGCAUGUAAAUAAAGUUAUUAAACUAAUAAAACAUGUAGUCUAAUUGUUUGUCACAAGUAAAAGUCACCUCAACCUUGUGGGUUUUCUUUCUACCCAGUUUGUUGUGUUUAAAAAUAA